AACCCUUCUCUUCUCUCUUUAAAACCCCAACUUUCUUCUCUCUCUUUCCCUCUUCAAAAACCCUUUCUGUUAAUCUCCAAACAAGAACAACAAAAAGUGUGUUAACUUGUUUUUGCAAAAAGAUCAAGACUUGAUUAUUUCUGAGAAACUCCAUUAGUAUGAUUAAAAUGGAUUACGAUGGAUCAAGAAUCGGUGAAAUAGUAGAAGAUGAAGAGAAGAUUGAUCUACCACCUGGAUUCAGAUUUCACCCUACUGAUGAAGAACUCAUAAGUCACUACCUCAAACCAAAGGUUUUCAACACUUUAUUCUCUGCUACUGCCAUAGGUGAAGUUGAUCUCAACAAGAUCGAGCCUUGGGACUUGCCUCGGAAAGCUAAGAUGGGGGAGAAAGAAUGGUAUUUUUUCUGUGUAAGAGACCGGAAAUAUCCAACCGGUUUAAGGACAAACCGGGCAACUGAAGCCGGUUAUUGGAAAGCCACAGGCAAAGAUAAAGAGAUUUUUAAGGGUAAAUCACUUGUGGGUAUGAAGAAAACUCUAGUUUUCUACAAAGGAAGAGCUCCUAAAGGAAUAAAAAGCAAUUGGGUUAUGCACGAAUAUCGUUUAGAAGGCAAAUAUUCAAUCCAAAAUCUUCCCCAAACAGCUAAGAACGAGUGGGUUAUUUGUCGUGUUUUCCACAAGCGUGCCGAUGGUACAAAGGUUGAUAUAUCCGGUUUAACGUUGCUCGAUUCACACAUUAACCGAAUCGAACCGGCUGGUUUACCUUCGCUGAUGGAUUGUUCUCAACGAGACUCUUUCCCCGGUUCGUCGACUCACGUGGCCUGCUUCUCCGACCAAGAAACCGAAGACAAAAGACUCGUUCACGAGUCCAAAGACGGUUUUGGUUCUCUGUUUUACUCUGAUCCUCUGUUUCUACAAGACAAUUAUUCGCUAAUGAAGCUGUUGCUUAACGGUCAAGAAACUCAAUUUCCCGGUACUGAUCCAUCCGGUUUAGUCGGUACGGGAGAAUUGGAUUGCUUGUGGAAUCUCUGAGUUGUAGUAACUUUUGUUGUAGACUUUGUAGUUCAUGUCUUUUGUGUGCGAGUUAAGAUUAUUGUUACAUUUGUUUUUGUAAAAAAGAAGAAAAAAUUCUAGAAAGUCGAUUUGUUUUGCUAUGUAAAAUUAGCAUUUUAAUAUAUUUAGUAGACUUCCCAA